CCUACGUCUUUAGUUUCUUGUUUGUGUUUUAAUUUAAGGGGAAAGCAGACUAUGGACCUGACGGUCAUAGACGGCGGACCUCUGCCUUUUGCCUACGAUAUCCUGACAACGGCAUUCCAUUAUGGCAACAGGGUAUUCGCCGAAUACCCAGACCAUAUACCAGACUAUUUCAAGCAGUCGUUUCCUGGAGGGUAUUCCUGGGAACGAAGCCUGACAUUCGAAGACGGGGGCAUUUGCAUCGCCAGAAACGACAUAACAAUGAAAGGCGACACUUUCUAUAAUACAGUUCGAUUUGAUGGUGUAAACUUUCCCCCCAAUGGUCCAGUUAUGCAGAAGAGGACGCUGAAAUGGGAACCAUCCACUGAGAAAAUAUAUGUGCGUGAUGGAGUGUUGACGGGUGACAUUACCAUGGCUCUGUUGCUUAAAGGAGAUGUCCAUUACCGAUGUGACUUCAGAACUACUUACAAAGCUAAGGAGAAGGGUGUCAAGUUGCCAGGCUAUCACUUUGUAGAUCACUGCAUCGAAAUUUUGAGCCAUGACAAAGAUUACAAAAAGGUUAAGCUCUAUGAGCAUGCCGUAGCUCAUUCUGGACUGCCAGGCAACAAACGACAAUAAGACAACAACGAGGAGAAAAAGAAAAGUGAUUUUCCCUUUUGUUUUUGUUUUUGUUUGUUUGUUUGUUUGUUUUUGCUGUUUAAAAAGGCAUUUAUUUGGAAUUAGUAUUGAUACUUUCGAUGCAAAGAUUUAUUUCGGGGUUAUUUAGAGACUUGCACUAGAGUUAAAUUGCAUGUGGAACGAAAAUAGUUUCCUUUUUUUGCGGCACUGCAUCAGAAGGAUAGACUCCUUAAACUUAGUUGUGGAAAAGACAAAAGCUGUAAGGACGAUAUAACCUUCUUGUCGAAGCCAGGUCUUAUGGAGUAUUCUCGUCAUAGAGUACUAGCUAGUGGGACUUUUUUUGGUUCAAGGCGGUUGUCCGGGAUUUGUUAGAGACUAUCUGUAUGGUUAAAUUGUGUUAAAAAAACAAUAGUUUCUAUCUUUUGACGGAUUACCACAUAAGGAUAGACUUUUUAAAUUCAGUUGUGAACAAGUGCAAGUAAGAUAACUGUAAUACUUACAAUGAAAACAAUAAUUCUGUAGCUACCCGACUGAGGCAUAGGCAGCGCCCAUUUGUGGACAUUUGAGUAUUUUGCUUGCCUCUAGCUUGAGUUACUUUUGAUAAGUUUUGGAUUUUAGAGAAAAGUGUUUAUGAAAUUUCGUGACUUUCCACUUGAUCUGUAAUUACUGAUAAUGGAACUGAGCCAUUUUUUCUCCUCCAUUUUGGGACAUCCUGGCUCGCUUCUGAGACCUACGAAUAUGCUUUUAGUUGAUUUUUCAACUUCCAGUAAACGCAUUACGUACUUGAACUUCUGAUGUAUCCUUUAGAUAUAAUCCAUCUUUAGUUCAGGAUAUUUAUCUCAAUUUGAGCGCUGCCUCUUGUUUACAGUAUCAUAGAACAGUUGAGAAUUACGUCGUGAUUUAACUAUGUGUUUAUUUGAUUAAACUUAGAUUUCUCACCGGUAAAUAGCUUCUAGUAACAUUUACUGUUAUUAUUACCAGUGAAAGUUGUAUUGAAUGAUUUUAGGUAUAAGUUUAACAUAAGUUUUAAAAUAUGGUUAGCAACAGAAAUAGCGUGAUAAAAUUAUAAUAACAUUUUUUUGAACUUUUAGUUGUUACGGAAAGAUACUCAUUGUUGGAGUGGCGAAUGGUCCUUCAAAAGCCAUGGGUCUCGCAAAAUUUUUGCCGAAUUUCACGGGUGUCGCAGUCUCGUUUUUUAGUGGUCAAGUGUGUCUCGCAGUCUCGAUUUUUUACAAGGCGUAGGAAGUCUCGAUUUUCUUUUAAUAUUUCUGUAUAAGCUUAAAUGACGUCGUAGAACCUAAACGUCUCGAGCUCGCAUUUAAAACACUUUGAAACCUCAGUCUCGCAAUUGAGGAAGUCAAAAUGUCUUGGGCUCGCAAACGAAAAGAAAAAAGAAAAAAAAAAAGAAAAAAAAGGCUAGUCUCGGCUUCUCGCAAAGUCUCGCAUUUACCAUUCGCCACCCCUCAUUAUAAUUAAGCGUUCGAAAAUACAUAUCAUCAGCAAUUGUAGUCGAAUUUUGAGAAGAGGAUUUUGAAAAGGAGGCAUACUGUAUGUGAAAAACAGAGAGGAACUUUCUGAGUAGUGUAAUCCAGAGAAGAAGGGAAAAAGGUCAGAAAACGAAAGGAAGAUAUUAAAUAUAUCUUGCAAUUGAACUUGUUUUGGUUGUUUUACGACAAGGAGUACCUUACUCGCUGGGCUAGUUCCCCCAAAAGGCGCUCUGCACGCACGGCACCCUCUUGCUUGGCAAUAAAAUUGUUCUCGAAGUUACGUUUUGUGGAAUUUGCUUGUAGAGGAGUGACGUUUUCGGUAAAUGUAAUUAACAAUUCAACGGUUUUCUUUCUCAUUCUUUUCACUUUUUGUUUUAGUUUAAAACAGUAAAGUACAUCAUGUAUGGUUAAAGAUUUAAAACGGAAAUAAGUCACUCGGUCAGUCAGCCAGUCACUCAC